AUGGACUUGAACUCGGCCGAUCAGCCUCGGAAGAAGAUCCGAAAAGGGACCCGCAGUUGCUGGGAAUGCAAACAUCGCAAAGUUCGCUGCAACUUCGCCUCCGAGAAAGACCGCAGCUGCAGGGAAUGUCUCGCGCGCGGGAUUCCCUGUCGAAGUCAGGAUUUACCGGAGCCGGAGAACCCUCGCGAGACCGACCGUGUGGGCCUGAAUGAACGGCUGGCCCGCGUUGAGUCCCACUUGGAGACGAUCAGCCCCUUGAUUAACGAGAUCCUACAACGCCUGGACAGACUCGGAACAAAUGGGAGUCACCCUCCGCUGUCGAUUAGGCUCAAGAACUCUCGCCCGAGUCCUGAGAGCACGAGCAGUCUGGAGAGCACCCAGGAUAAUGCCCCUGUCCUGGGGCUGUUCAAGGACAAAAUGUUCUUUGCCCAAGAGCCAGAGAGGGAGGCUCCCAAUUCCGCAUACAGCACGAUCAAUCCUGACUUCGGGCAAGUUCGCCACGAGCUGAUAGCUUUGAUCCCUUCGCUGGAGACCUUGGACAUCAUCUCAGCGGCUAACAGCGGUUGGUGGCUUCUCCGUGAAUGGCUAUUUGAAGACCACGAGCCGAAAUUACUUCCAGUCCCACUGGAGGCUCUUGGGGAAUGCCACCCGGCGUUCAUCGCCAAGGCCGUCCUGUGGAUUGCCUCUUGUCUCCAGCAGCUGCCGCCAGAGCUCGAUAUUGAUCGACUUCGCCUUCCUUGCACACCGGCCUUUCUAGUAGAGAAGAUUCUUGCCACGGUCACGACUCUGGUCUGCUCCGACGACUCCAUAGUGGCCUGUAUGGAUGGGCUGGAAUGCUUAGUCGUGCAGGCCUUAUUACUUGGCAAUAAUGGGAAAAUCCGGAGUGCCUGGCUGUCUGUUCGACGGGCUUCGAACGUCGCACAACUCAUUGGAUUCCACCGUGACAUCCCUGUCGCAGCCGAAAAUACUUAUUAUAAAAGUCGAGCUACGUUCCUUUGGAGACUCGUGCUCUUCUUCGAUAGGAUCUAUUCUCUCAUUCUCGGGGUUCAUUGCACAGUCUCAAAUGCCGCCAUUGACUCUUUCCAAUCAAACCCAGAACAAUUGGGCGAAAUACCCGCUCAAAGCAUGUUCGCCCUCAACCCCAUGGCCAGGAUAGCCGGGUUAAUCAUCGAGCGGAACCAAACUUUCACAAAAACGUCCCCAGCUAUGAUCGAGAUGACUAUGAGGAUUGUCGCGGAGUUCAAAAAGAUGCCCCUGCCUAACCACCCCUUUCAUGAUGUAGGGGAUUAUGAUUCCUUGGGCACGGGCGAGGCCCGCCAACGCGUUGAGAGCUUCAUGUCGCUGAAUGCCCAAUUAUGGUAUUACCAACUUCAUAUCUGGCUUCACUUGCCUCUACUACUCGAAGCCAAUGCAGGGACUCGACAUGACUAUCAUCGCAGGGCUUGUCUCGACGCCUCUCGCAAUCUGAUCACUUGUUACCUCACUGUUCGAAAAGUUGCCGGGACCGAAUGUGCCAGCAAGGUCUUUGAUUUCCUCGCAUUCACAGCAGCCAUGACCAUUUUCAUUAAUGCCGUUGGCCCAUUCGGAACUCAAGACUAUAACGAAGAAGACAUCGAAGCCGUACGCAAUGUCACCAAUACACUAGAGCUUAUAUCCAAGACGGCCUCGGCAGACGAUGUCGUAAGUCGGGGCUCGCAUGUCCUGUCCACUCUCCAAGCAGUCUAUCUGGGAAGUGAUGAUCCACCAUGUCUUCCCAACGAAGAGGGCCAAGACCGACCCAGCCGCAUUAAGCUGGACCUUCCGUAUUUCGGAACAGUCUUUCUCAAGCGUCGCUCGCUGAGAUGUCAGGCAAAGAGAUACCCAACACCCAUCGCAAAUACUUUACCUUCAGACGCUUGGACGAACACAGAUUUGAAUUCAAGUUUGGCUUCUGAUGAAUAUGUUCCUCUCAGAGUUCCGCACCCGGCCUCGGCUUUGGACUGGCCGGCUGAGUUUUGGGCUGUGGAAACUGAGUUCACGUUCCAGCCGCCGUUUCUUGCUGAUUUCAAUAUUGAUUGGACUUCUUGUGAUUUUGGAUUGAAUUGA